CCCCUUGAAGGAAUAAAAAAUUGGAGGAACGAGAAUUAAACAGCUUCCCGUGAACCCUACCUUACGCUAGUUUUUUAUCCACCCGCAACAGCAAUCCUUCUCUUGCCCCACCAAACUGUACAAGGAAUAUCCCAAAACGAACACGUUUUGUAUGUGUCGUUUAUAUAACCAUUGUCGACCUUACAAAUUCCCGCAUUUAUCUAACUUUUCAUUUCCUCUAAUGGAAUCCGUAGGCUCCAGUUCCUCUACUUCCGACCACCGUCUCCACUUCCAUAUCAGGCCAACCCAACCACUAGCAGGUCGAAUAUUCCGAGCCCUCCGCCACCACCUACGGCUGCUCCAUCGAUCCGAAUCCAACUUCUUUAUCUUAGGCGCUACCGGAAACGUCUACACCGUCACCUUAGCCAAUACACCUUCAUGCACUUGUCCUGACCGUACAACUCCAUGCAAGCACAUAUUCUUCGUUCUUAUUCGCGUAUUAGGCGUCUCGGUCGACGACACAUGUCUUCGCAGGAGAACUCUCCGGCCAUGCAGACUCAAUCGUUUACUAAGCACACCGACAUCACCAGACUCGCUAGCGAGUUUAACCGUUCGGCAGUGGUUCCACCAACUAUUCUUCGAGGCAAGAAGGCAAAACGGUGCGUCUAGAGGCGACGAGAAAUUGGAGAUUGAGGAAGGAACAGCGUGCCCGAUUUGUCUUGAUGAAAUGGAGAAGGGAGAUAGAGUGGUGGCGUGCGGGACAUGUAAGAAUAUUGUGCACGAAAGGUGUUUGAUGAAAUGGAGGAGAAGUAGAGGAAGGAGAGGGACUAUUUGUGUAAUUUGUAGGGCAAGGUGGAGAGGUCGGAAUAAUGAUCAGGAUGGGUAUCUGAAUUUGGCUGCUUACGGUGGUGAGGAUGAUAUGGCCGCCGAGAGUGCUGCGGGUCUUUGUGCUGGUUGAUUUAUAUAUAUAUAUAUUGGUUACAUGCUGGUUAAUUUAAUUUAAUUGUAUAUUAUCAGGAAAUGUAAGUUGAUUAAUAAUUUCAUUUGUAUAUAUAAGCAGAUGUAUAGACUAACGUGAAGAAAAUUCAUUGUAAUUAUAAAUAUUGCUAGAUUGCCAGAUUUCAACUAUUGGCUCAA